GAAACACUGUCUCAAAUAGCAAACAAUAUGAGUGACGAUGACGAUGGAGGAAUGCUUUUGAACUUUGCAGCUCCUCAGGCAAAUUUGGGAACUCAAUCAUUGAAAAAAGGGAAGAAGACCUCAAUCAAAGUUAAAGGUGGUAGAUGGGCUGAUAGGAGGAAAACACAACUAGAAUUGAUGGGGAGGUCCAGCAGGAAACAAAAGAACGAUCCUGGACUCUCGGGUGCAAAUGAAACACCAGUGGCUUCGAGAGCUCAUAAGAGAGGUUCAGAUUAUGAUGAAGAUUCAUCCAAAAAACCUAGAAAUGACACCACAUACAAACCCGAAUCAAUAGUAUCAUCAUUAUUCACUGCUAAUCCAGAAAUAAAAAAACGUGAUUAUGAGAAAGAAAUUGAUGAAUCCAAGUUGAUACCUUCAAAUGCCCCUAUGAUUGACCCAAAUGCAGAUUUCAAAGCCCUAGGGCUUCAUGAAAAUUUACUUAAAUGUUUAGAUGAGGCUAAAUUCACUAAGCCAACAAAGAUUCAAAGAAUGGCAAUUCCUAAACUCAUAUCUCUAGGACAUCAAAGGACAAGGACUAAUCCUUUUCCACCCCAACCUCGGGAUAUGUUUAUGCAAGCACAAACAGGUUCGGGUAAAACUAUGGCUUUUACUUUACCCGUUCUAAACAUGUUGUUAUCCUCAAAGGGUAAUAUCAAUAGACAAAGUGGUAUCUAUGCACUUAUUUUGACUCCAACCAGGGAACUAGCACAACAAAUUUACACUUUCAUUGAAGACCACCUUUGUAAAAAGGCUUGCAACUGGGUAGUUCCAGGUAUAGUUAUUGGUGGUGAAAGGAAAAAAUCCGAAAAGGCUAGACUAAGAAAGGGUAUCAACAUCUUAGUGGCUACUCCUGGUAGGCUUGUCGAUCAUAUUGAAAACACGCAAUCAUUAGAUCUUUCUAAAAUCCGUUAUUUGAUUUUUGAUGAAGGUGACCGACUCAUGGAACUAGGAUUUGAAGAAUCCAUUGCCAAAAUUAUUGGCAGAUUGCAAAAAGAGUAUAAAGACAACGAUUAUUUGGGGCCUUUAGCUGAUAUUCUUCCGCCAAGAAGAGUUAGUAUAUUGUGCUCCGCAACACUCAAAGGAAAUGUGAAGAAGUUAGGGGAAAUUGCUUUGAAUAACCCCGAAAUUAUCAGUGCAAACUCUGCUGAGGGCUCGGAAGAGUUAGAUCAUCAUAUGAAAGCACCAGAACAAUUGAUACAAGAGGUUGUGGUUGUUCCUCCAAAACUCCGUUUUACCACAUUGAGUGGUGUGUUAAUGAAUAUGACUCGAGGAAAAGGUAAUUUCACCAAGACAUUAGUAUUUUUGAGUUGUUCACACUCCGUUGAUUUCCAUUUCAUAGCUUUAACCAAAGAUGGAAAGAGGUUAAAGAUUGAGAGAGAACGAAAGGAAAUUUUGAGAAAGUUAAAACUGAGCAAAGAAAAAACCAAGGAAAAAAGUAAAAACAGUGAUUCCAAAGAUCAAGAUAAAGAUAAAGAAGAGGAUGAUUUACUCGGAAGCAUAACCGCAAUGACCUCUCCUAACAUCUCACCGGAUACAAUUAUUUACAAGCUUCACGGCUCUCUGUCUCAGCAGACACGUACUGCGACUUUGAAUGAAUUCGUCAAUGAUAAUUCUCACAACACGAUCUUAUUAUGUACUGAUGUUGCUUCUCGUGGUUUAGAUCUUCCUGCUAUCGAUUAUGUCGUUGAGUAUGAUCCUCCAUUUUGUGUUGCUGAUCAUCUUCAUCGUGUAGGUAGAACAGCCAGAUUGGGAAAGAAAGGUUUGUCGGUUUUGUUUUUGAUGCCAGGCGAUGAAGAAAAGUAUAUCGAAAAGAUUACCCCUAUGCAUGGUGAUACUUUGAAAUUUGUUAAUUAUGAAAAUGUUCUUGCUAAAGCAUUUGGAAGAAGUGCAGAGGCUGUUGAGGGUGAUGAUAAUAAUGUUGGUGAUAACGAGAAAGAAGUCAAAAGAAAAGGGAACAAGUUCAAUAGAGAAGGUGCUUGGGACAUGUAUGCUACGACUUAUCAGUUGAACCUCGAAAAAUGGCUUCUUGAAGAUAGCAGGGCUUUGGAGAUUGCAACCGAUGCGUUUAUAAGUCAUAUAAGAGCCUAUGCCACACACUUGUCCACAGAAAGAGACUGUUUUAAUGUGAAAAAAAUUCAUUUAGGUCAUCUGGCCAAAGCUUUUGGGCUCAGGGAAACUCCGAAGAAGUUGUCCUCCAAUAGUACUGUUGCAGGUGAUGAUAGCAAGAAGAAAGAAAGUGCCAAGAACAAGAUGUUUAGAUUGGCAAGAUUGGCUGUUAAGUCGCAGAAUGAUGAGUUCAACUUUGCUUAAUUAAGUUUCGAUAACGUUUGUAAUCUAUUUAAUUUACACCUUUAUAAAAAUACACAAGAAAAAAGGACUUU